AUGGACGAGCGCAUCUUCGGGUUCAACAAGGUCGUCAUCGACACGGUGUACGACGUCAUCUGCCUGCUGUACCCGGUCACGGGAUCGGAGCGGGAUUUCGCGCGCUUCUACGUGCUGGAGACCGUCGCGCGCGUGCCCUAUUUCGCGUACCUGUCGGUGAUGCACCUGCGCGAGACCUUCGGCGAUCGCGACCCGGGCGACUCGGAGCGCAUGCGGACGCACUACGCCGAGGCGGACAACGAGCUGCACCACCUGCUGAUCAUGGAGUCGCUGGGCGGCAACUCGUCGGCCGUGGACCGGACCCUGGCGCAGACCAUGGCCUUCUUCUACUACUGGUACGUGACCGUCGUCUACUCGUUCUCGGAGCCCGCGGCGUACCACCUGUCGGAGCUCAUCGAGGACCACGCGUUCAACACGUACGACGGCUUCCUCAGGGACCACGGGCCCAAGCUCAAGGGCAUGCCCGUGCCCGACAUCGCGCGCAAGUACUACGAGCGCGACGACCCCUUCCUCUUCGACCAGUUCUGCACCGUCAAGGAGCCCGACGGCGGCGAGUUCACGUCGAGAUCCCGGCCGCCGCUCGAGUCGCUCUACGACGUCUUCGUCAACAUCCGCAACGACGAGAAGGAGCACUGGAAGACGCUCUGCAACCUCGUCCAGCUCGACGACACGCAGGGGUUCCCCGUCCAGAGCACCGAACCCGCGCCGCCGCAGCUCGCGGCGCCGUGA